AAUCGCUCCCUUCAGCGAUCUUUUACAAUCUCCGUACGACCUCUGCUGAGUUUCUCUUGGCGCUCGCCGGCCAGCUCUCUCUGAUCACCCCUCAUUCGCUUCCUAGCGACGGAAUAUCUGAUCGGAAAGGAGCAAUUUUCAUGAUUACCCAACCAAGAUCAGCUCACACCGACUCUAAAUUGAAUUGAAUUCCAGUUUUCUUCUCUAUCAAAUUCAGAAGAAUCUCUCAAUUCCCUAAAUUCUUUCUUAGAGCCUCAGACUUUGAAAGAAGUAGCAAGGUGAAGUGGCUCAGGUUGAUUGCACAUUUAGCUUGUUAUGGACCCAUCUAUUAUGAAGCUUCUGGAGGAUGACGAGGAUGAAUCAAUGCAUUCAGGUGCAGCUGUGGAUGCUUUUCAGGCUGCCUUGAAUAGAGACAUAGAAGGCGACGCUCAGGCUGUUUCCCAGACUUCUGAAUCUGAUGCAGCCUUCCCUCAGGGGAAUAACAAUGGUUCUUCUACCCUCUCGUUACAAGCUUCUAGUCAAAGUGAAAAUACUGAAUCUCAUGUGCAACAAAAUCAAAAUUUUCGUUUAAAGCAAGAACAACAUUCAUCUCUUAUGGAGCUAGACCGAUCAGUACCUGAAAAUCAGCAGCAACACAGUUCUGCCCCCUUUCAAGUUUCAAAGAAUCAACCCCAAGCAGAUCGUGAGCAAGGGGAGGGAGAACAAGUUUCUGCUCAGUUUUCUCAAACAGCAGGGCUGCAAGUUUCUGAAAAAGCUCCAAUCCUUGUGAAUGACUCAAACAGAAUGCAGAAUCGGGACAAUGAAUCUCAAUACUUGAAGUUACAAAAGAUGAGUAAUCAGCAGUCGAUAGUUGCAGAACAGGCAAAUAACCCUCUAAACCGUAGCAAACAGGUUCCUUUUGCCUCUUUGAUGCCUGUAUUGAUGCCUCAGCUUGAUAAAGACAGGGGCAUGCAGCUUCAGACUUUAUUUAACAGAUUGAAGAGGAAUGAAAUGAACAAAGAUGAUUUUAUCCGGCUCAUGCGGGGCGUUGUGGGCGAUCAGAUGCUCAGAUUAGCAGUUUGUCAAGUACAAUCACAGCCUCCUCCUUCAGUAAGGCAACUUUCUCCUAGAAUGCCAUCUAUGGGUUCUGGGACACCAAAUUUCUCUGAUCCCCGACCAUUUACACAACUUCAUCCGAAAGGCAUGAAUCCUCCUGCAGUUCAAUCAUACAUCCCCUCUCCAGCAUCCCAAGGGCGGAGUAGUUCAGGCUAUCCUGCCAUGGAAAAGAAUAUGCAAUCUUUACGAGAAGUAGAACAGCGACCUGAUGGUAAUGGAAAUCAAAUAACUUCAUCCAGUACAAGCACCAUCCAAGAUAGGGAACGCUCCUCAGUUUCUGUUCCUGGACUUGAGAAGCAGCAGUUACACUUUCAACAGAAAUCUUUUCCCAUGUAUGGAAACAGUGGUAAUUAUCACACAUAUACCGGUUCAAACAUAAAUGCCUCUUCAUUGUCUCUUAAACCCCAACCUCAUGAGGGUCAAGUGAAGCAGAUUUCGCAGCAGGCUUCCAAUUUUGACAGGCAAGUUACAAUUAAUGAUUCCAAGCGAGUCCAGGGUGGAAGUGUUCCACACUUACAUAAUAACUUAACUUCACAGCAAAAUCCAUGGAAAUCAUCAACAAGUAAAGAGCAGAACAUAAUGAGUUAUGUUAAACAAGAACCUUCUGAUCAGGUUUCUGAGCAGAACAAAACCCAACAUUCAAAUUUGCAGGGCUUGUCUUCUAUUCCUAGCAUGCAGGCUGAACAUGUUAACACAACCCCUGGGAUAGCAAAGGACCCUUUUGACAAACAAACUUCUAAAAUGGGUUUUCCUACAUCAAACAACGUUGUGCCUCCAACAUCAACCAAUGCCGCAAAUUCAAUUUCUUCUGAUUCAAGUUCUCAACAAGAGACCAAUGCUGUGUUGAACUCUCAGGUUCCUUCUGCUACUACUCCUGGAAUGCAAAAUAGGGCACCACAAAAAAAGGCAGCCGUGGGCCAAAAGAAGCCUCUUGAAGCACUUGGCUCUUCCCCACCCCUAUCAAGUAAGAAGCAAAAAGUAUCUGGAGCAUUUGCGGAUCAAAGCAUUGAACAACUUAAUGAUGUCACUGCAGUCAGUGGAGUUAAUAUUCGGGAAGAAGAAGAGCAACUAUUUUCUAGUGCAAAGGAGGAUAGUCGAGCUUCUGAAGCAUCACGGAGGGUUGUACAAGAAGAAGAAGAGAGGCUUCUAUUGCAGAAAGCCCCAUUGCAGAAGAAGCUAGUGGAAAUCAUGGCCAAAUGUGGUUUGAAGGGCAUGAGCAAUGACGUUGAGAAAUGUCUCUCAUUGUGUGUGGAGGAAAGAUUACGAGGGGUUAUUAGUAAUCUAAUCAGGCUGUCAAAGCAGCGAGUGGAUGCGGAAAAACCAAGGCAUCGAACUGUUAUUACUUCAGAUGUUCGGCAACAAAUUACGUUAGUUAACCAAAAGGCCAGAGAAGAAUGGGAGAAGAAACAGGCAGAAGAAGAAAAACUCAGAAAGCUUAAUGAUCCUGAGGAUGGUUCAGGUGUUGCUGGUGACAAGGAUAAAGAUGAAGGUCGAAUGAAAUCACUUAAGGUAAACAAAGAGGAGGAUGAUAAAAUGCGGACAACAGCAGCAAAUGUUGCUGCCCGUGCUGCUGUUGGAGGAGAUGACAUGCUAUCAAAAUGGCAGCUUAUGGCUGAGCAGGCGCGACAGAAACGUGAAGGUGGAAUGGAUUCAGCUUCUAGUUCUCAGGCAGGGAAAGAUGCUGUCCGUAAGUCUUCUUCAGCAGCAGGAAGACACGGGAAGGACAACCUAGAAGGUGAAAGAAAAGGAACUUCCAGGAAAUUUGGAAGGAAUCAAACUAAUGCAACUCAAACUAAGGUGGCUCGUAGCAUUUCUGUUAAAGAUGUCAUUGCUGUGCUGCAAAGGGAACCCCAGAUGUCCAGAUCGACCACGAUAUAUCGUUUGUUUAACAGAGUUCAUCCCCAAGCAACUGGUGAAUAGAAUUGGCUAUGAACAAUGGUAAAACUAACAUCCCUACAGACGCGCACUUGUUGGGGGGCUGUCUUUCUGAAUUAAAGGUAUUCAUUUAUGAUAAAUUGCAUAGUUUUGGGAAUAUAGCUCAAGUUGGUAGCUGCUGCUAUAACUUUCAUGAAAGGAUUUUCUCAAGACCUUGUACAAAGUAGAGAGGCUCUUGUCCGGACUUUGUAUAAACUUUGUGUAUGUUUGAAAUGAAAGUACUUUAUUCAAGGGUCUUUUUGGGAACGCAGAAAGCAAAAAGAGUUUUAUCUUUGCUGAUAUGUUGAGUAGUCCUUUAGUGGAACUGAUCUGAUAAGAGAACCAAACCAAAUUGCUAGAUGACAUACUAUAACCGAACCCCCUCAAAUUCAAUUAUUGAUGUUUUAGUGAUGUGAUUUGUUAUUUGAUUCAACAUAGGCACACGUACUAGUCGGUGGUGAGUGGACCUGUAGCAUGAUCUAAAUACAUGAUGAACCAGAGAUGAAGGUUAAUAUCUCAAUAAGAUGUGCUCGUGCAGCUUCUCCAACGAAUGAGACCUUAAGGUUAGAAGCCAACUUCAAAGCCAUUUUAGUAUUAAUGCUCUCUGUCAGCGUGAAGUAUGUUUGGUCUGCCAAAUCCAGAUCUGACUGAAUAUAAUUGGUUUUCCUUGUAUGGAAAUUGGAACUGUCAACCAAAACCGGUUUCAAACUGAAUUGACGUUGGUUUAAGUAGUUGUUUUUGGGUUUUGAUUUCCCAUCGUUAGUCUAAGCUUCAAAAUGUAGGUUUUCUUCUGUAAUUAAACUCUUUCUUCUGUACAUUAGCGCCAACUGGAGUGAUAUUAUGUAAGUUGUUUAGUAGGUAAAUUAUUUUAUCAUAGUUUUACCCA